UCAAUAAUUAGACUCACGUUGACGCUAAAACCGGUUUGCCCAUUACUAGGGCACAUCACUCGAUAAAACGAAAUCGAUACUUGCGCUUCACUAAGAUGUAGUGCUCUCCCCGCGGGCCCCGGGUCAGCCACGCCCAGCGCGCGCAUUCUCAAACAAAAUCCUCACGAAAUGGAUGCAAGUAGAAUCUAGUCGGCGUCGUUCGCUCCGUUCGAUGACGCACGUCACAUCAGUUGGGCUGCUCAGUUGAGUAGUGAUCUCGCUCGAUAGUCGACGAAUUGUUCGCACAACGCACACGUGCCACCAGUGUCCAUCCCUUCCUCCGCCCCGUGUCCGAGCGGUCCGACGCUCGCUCGGUUUCAACCCGUCGACACCAGUCACCAUCAUCGGUACCGUUCCCAUCGGUGCCUUGCGUACCUAUACCUACUUAGUAUCAUAAUUAUUACGUAAUGCGAAAGUAAACAUUGCAUCCAAACCACGUGUGCGGCGGCCGGCAAAUCAUCAUUGAUCAUCCUACUUCCACGCUCCGGUAUAAGGGAAGCCCGGAGUUAUGAAUUGAAAACAAAUCAAAUUAUGUUAAAUUUUUUAAACAUUCCUAUCGAUUCCUAUUUCAAAUAAUCAUUAUAAAAAUUAGAGCUGUGUCGUUAUAAUUGAAUGUGAAAUGUCUAAUUCCGUGGAACAGCAGUUUAGCGAGCUUACCCUGUCUCAGGAGGACCAUGAUCAAAUUUUUGAACACGAGGACCACCCGGAAAGCCGAUCAUCAAAGGUGGUACUCAUCAGUGGGCUCCCUCUGCAUGUUCGCUUCGACAACAUCGAGCCCCUACUGUCACAGUAUGGCAACGUGCAGCAUUGCGACAAAGUGAGCUCGCGCGAUGCCAACACCCAAGCGGUGUACAUCACGUUCGAGACGCCGGAGCAGGCGCAACUAGCCAUCAACGGGUUGAACGGUUGCGAGUUUGAGGGUAGCCGCAUGAAGGUGGAAGCUGCAGAGCAAAAUGCGCGCGGCGGGCGGCGCGGGCGACCAGGCGGCGGCCGCGGCGGUGGCGGCGCACCCGGCGGCGGCUCGCGGCCCACCGACUUCCCGCUGCGGCUGCUGGUGCAGAGCGACAUGGUCGGCGCCAUCAUCGGUCGCCAGGGCAGUACCAUCCGCCUCAUCACUCAGCAAAGUCGUGCGCGUGUCGACGUUCAUCGUAAAGAUAAUGUCGGCUCCUUAGAAAAAGCCAUCACAAUAUAUGGAAACCCCGAAAAUUGCACCAAUGCAUGCAAGAGGAUACUAGAAGUCAUGCAGCAGGAGGCCAACAACACUAAUAAAGGUGACAUCUGCCUCAAGAUAUUGGCUCACAACAACCUGAUAGGAAGAAUCAUAGGCAAGGGCGGAAACACUAUAAAAAGAAUCAUGCAGGAAACAGAUACCAAAAUCACUGUCUCUUCUAUAAAUGAUAUAAAUAGCUUCAAUUUGGAGCGAAUCAUCACUGUAAAAGGGACAAUUGAAAAUAUGGCUAAAGCAGAGUCACAAAUUUCAGCAAAAUUGCGUCAAAGCUAUGAAAAUGAUUUGCAGGUGCUGGCGCCGCAAAGCAUAAUGUUCCCGGGCUUGCACCCAAUGGCAAUGAUGUCAACAGGCCGUGGAUUCUGUGGAGCACCACCCCCGUUCCCCCCGCCUAUCUACGCCCCCCUGGCUGGCCAGGGCGGCGCGCAACAGGGCGCUGGAGACUCGCAGGUACGUGAUGAUCUAACGGAGACCACAUACUUGUACAUCCCGAACAACGCGGUGGGCGCCAUAAUCGGAACUAAAGGAUCUCACAUCCGCAACAUCAUACGGUUCAGCAGCGCCUCCGUGAAGAUUGCGCCCUUGGAGCAGGACAAGCAAGGCGAAGCUCAGAACAACGCGCAGCAGGAGCGUAAGGUCACCAUCGUCGGCAGCCCAGAGGCCCAGUGGAAGGCGCAAUAUCUCAUCUUUGAGAAGAUGCGGGAGGAAGGAUUCAUGUCUGGAUCCGACGAUGUGCGGCUGACUGUGGAGAUCGUGGUGGCGUCUUCUCAGGUCGGGCGCAUCAUCGGCAAGGGGGGGCAGAAUGUGCGCGAGCUGCAGCGCGUGACCGGCUCGCUGAUCAAGCUGCCCGAGCAGCCGCAGCAGCAGGGUGUGCAGCAGGACCAUGACACCACUGUCCACAUCGUCGGACCAUUCUACAGCGUCCAGAGCGCGCAGCGGCGCAUCCGCGCGAUGGUGGCGCAGGCGAGCGCUCCCGGCCGGCGCCGCGCCGCGCCUCCCCCUGGCGCCGCCGCCCCUCCGCAGUAAGCUCCCUCGUCUCCACCUCACCCUCAGCCCGAGCUCACCGCGCCACUAGCCAGCCAGCCCGGUAGCGUGUGUCCUAAUGUUGUUGUUGACAUAAUUAUAUUAUUGUAGUGAAUUGUAAUUAAAUACUAUUGAUAAAUCCAUAUUUUAUCCCGGGAUUAUCUAUGUUGAUGAUUAAUAAUUGAAUAAAAUAUAUAUUCUAUAUAUUAUUCAUAUACACUAUUUUUUUUAUGAUAGUGCCAGUUAUAUAAAUUGAAUGCCGUGAAUAUAUUUAAUUGUUAUAUUGUUUUCAUGCCAUGUUAUUCUGCUACACAUUAAAGAGCUGACAUAGUUUGCAAUAGUUACAGUAAAGGUAUUAUACAUAUACACACGUUACAAUAGCUAUAUUACCAGAUUACCACCCCAUUAUUAUACAAACGAGAGGAAGUUCAUAUUUUGUUUUGUUAUAAACUAAUAGAUUAAUCUGUUGAAUCACUACAUUUUACUGUUAACUAUAAUUUUAAAGGGUGUGUGUGGGAUACUAAUUAGCUAGGAAUGGAUAAAUCUUACAUCGCUUUACUGAGGAGGCUCGACGGACGAAAUGAUGCUUUGCGAUUUUACUGUAAAAACAUUUUCUUUAAACGAUACAUGAAAUUUCUGCAUGCAUGCUAAUGAGAAGGAGUUGUACAACGGUUUAUAGAAUCGACUGUGCGUUGGGUGUUAGUAACGAAUCCAAAGAGAGAGGUGGUCGUGACUUGGCGUCGCGGCCACGAGCCUUGACUAGACUGGCGAGCGGCCCACAGCCGCUCCCAACUUACGGAAAUGAGAAUCCACACACGAUGGAUAUAAUUAUUUUUGAUAAAUAGUAAUUGUUGGAGAGUAAGGAGUAAAGUAUGCGUUUUAUUUGUAAGGGACAUUUGUUGAUCGUUUUCUUUGUAAUUUUGUCUUUGUUAGCUUUAUAAUGUUUUCUUGUAUUGAUUCUGUAAUAAUUGAAAGAUUUUGGAAAUAAAGACGAUACCGUAGUGUUAUUGGUGAGAGUGGAAACUUUGCGUAAUUGGUGUUUUGGUUCGUGAUAUGUUUAUGAUUCAAAUGUAGGAUUUGCAUUAUAAUUGUGCCAAGUGAGAUAUUUAAAUAUGAAAGAUUUAAGAUUAAGUGGAUAAUAUCAAAAUUAAUGAAAGCUUAGAUAUUUAUAUUUAUAAAUGUGAUAAUAUAUGGAAGUUUUGGCAAAAAUGUUACUAUGAAUGUUUUACAUUCUUAAUUCCAUUUUCUUGAUUUUAGGUUAGAUUCUAAAUAUUAAAAUGAUACAACAUAAAGCUGACAGCUGUGCACUGUUUCAGAUCUCAAUAUAAAAUCCCAAAUGCAUCAAAAUAAUUUUCAUUUCAUCUUUGAAAAUGAUGCGCUCGUCCCAGUUUGUGCUCGAAAACAUUUAAAUUUUUCCUUCCAUCGGUGUCAUUUUGAUAUUUUAAUACUUUUAGUACAUAUUUUUAAAAUCUUGAUUCGCUUUUAACCAUCGGCAGUUUUGUAUUGCUUCCACAUAUUAUUGAAAAUAAUCUCACGUUUGGCAUUUAAAUCGUUUCGGCAAGCAGCUUCAAUUACUAAGUGACAUUUAAAAAGAAACACAUUUUUAAGACAUUUAAAUUCUUUACAAAUAUGUAUGAACAACAUGCUUAGUCAUACAAUUACUGUUUAUUGUAAUAGUAAAGGAACUAAAGCUUUUUAAAUAAUUAUUAUUCUGUAGUAACUUUUUCUAAAUACAUAUAUAACAUUUGUUUCAAUUGACCCUACUUGCCGAAAUUUAAUUUCCUUUUGACAGUUCAGUACUUUGAGGUAAACAUAUUUAAUGUAUUAUGUAAAAAUAUCGUAAUUAUUGAUGGGCCCUGUUUCGAUGUAGUAUUAUGUAAUUUAUAACCUAAUAUAGGAACUGUCAUUCGGUAAUUAUAAAAUAACAGGUAACUGCGCGUCUUUUACUUCUAAAUGUACAUAUUAACAUAAUAUAUAAAAUUAUAUGACAAAUGAUUUAAUGUUCUCGUUGUUAUGUGUGUAGGUACCUUGUAUAUACCUCGUUAUUGGGGUACUUUGGUUCCUAUGAAAUAACAUACGCACACAAUAAAAUAAAUGGCUCACUCUUUCAUAAACUAAGAAGUAUUUAGAUGUGAAAUCUGUGCAGUUUCCGAAUAUAAUACGGAAAAUUAAAAAUUAAUGUAAUGUCUUCAGUGUAGAUGUGAACACGGCUAUCGACUUACCGGCAAGGUAUUGUCACAUUUCAAAAAAAUCUGAAUUUCGAAUAGAGAAACCAAUUAAAGCUUGAGCACAAGGCUUGUAAGAUCCGAGUUUGAAUGCGCUAGCAUCGAGAUAAUUAUGAUGACCUGAAAUAAUUCCUCCAUACAGAGUUUUGUUACUUUUGCCACGCACCUCGAGGCAUGCGCCUGGGCAUGUUCACCAACAUUGCUAUGAACGCGUUAUUAGCACUACCAGGCCUAUAGGAACUUAUACAUCGACCACCUUUUAAUAAUGUAAUCGAAAAUAUGUUCGGUUGUAAUACUAGGACAACCCUAUAACAAGCUUACUUACGGAAGCUAUUUGGAAAUGACAGUCCUCGAAAAUUAGGGCUUAGAUCUUCUAAUUUCAAUGACCAUUAUCAGGCUAAUGUCACCCCACAGACUUAUCCGUCUGCUCUUACCACAAUAUAAAUUCAUUAAGGUACUUUAUUCUAAACGAAUUUAGCAUUUUUUAUCUGAGCUAUUAAGAGCGGCUUCGCCAGUGUGACGACUCGUUUUUCUCUUCACCUCUUUAAGGGAAGAAUUUUAAAAUUUGAUCUAUAUGUUUUGUGGUAAGAAAUUUGAAUUAAGUAUCUUUAUAUUGGCGAGAAUGAAAAAUGGAAACAAUAAAUUAUUCCUAAAGUACACGUGUAACGCGUAUAUUGGUAAUUAUUUGAAACCGUUUGGUUUUUUAGAAACUAUUUGCAUCUUUGACUUUAUGUGUUGAAUUUAUAUAGAAUUCAUAUCGGGUAUAAUAUUUUCACACGAUAAUAUACAACACGUAUACAAUAUACACUGGAUAAGUAAAUUAGAAUUAAGUUUGGUUACAGCGCGCGGUCGGCGCGGCGUACGUUUGAGCCGCUGCCGUCGUGCGUUUCGAUACUGCAUGCAUCGGCAAUCUAAUCAAAAAAAAAGGGUUACUUUCACUGCGACAGGAAGUGUACAUAUAGGCAUGUUGAUUAUUCCUUCCAAAUAUGAGCAAGAGAGGAUACACUAUGAUUUGGAAUGUUAAGAUGCAGAAAUAGUUUUAGUUGAUUAAUUAAUUGUAUCGUUGUGAAGUAGUGUUAAGUUGAGGGUAGGCGCGAGCGACGCGCGGCUUCGAGACUGAACUACACCCCUGCCGCCGCGCCCUCGCGUCCAUUACUUGCUAUCAUUCUCGCGAAUAAAUAUUUCAUACCUUAUCAUUCUUGUUUGAUGGAUCUACUGUUAUUAUAUUUACAUUAUAUACGAUUACUUUCUCAUGUGUGUAACUACUAUUUUGUGUAUUUGGCAUGUAAUACGUGACUGAUUAAUUUCAUUUUUUUGCAUGAUUCGACUGUAUUUUAAUUGCAUUAAUAGUGUCUGUAGUCUGUAUUAGAAUACAGAAAAAAUAAUAUAAUUACUUAAAGAAUACAAUUACAUUGAUUUUAAAUAUUAUUUUCACACUAUUUUACACAAUUUCCAUUUAUUGUUAUAAUUUUAUUUAGUGGGUAUUGGAACACUUAUUCUGUUGUUCGUACUUUACGCCCCUCCAGUAUAUACUAUUGAAGUUUUAUUAGCAAAUAGUAAUUAUGUACGUAUGUAUUGUAUGUACCUAAUGUAUAGUCGCGUAGCCACACCUUGCCUCGCCCCACAGAGGGGCGCAGGUCGGCGUGGCACCUGCGCGUGUGUCUGUAAAACGGGGAGCUGUUAUUGUAGCUUCUGUAUUGAAACCGAAAAUAGCAAUUACUAUUUUAUUUUAUUCUGUUAUCACAGGCCGAUUUUAAAAUACAUAUUCCGCCAAAAUUUUAUUUGAAUUUUGUUAUUUUUAGAACCAUUUUAAUUGGUAUAAGUUCUGAAACUAAUAACUACCUCAAUAUUACUAAAUGAAUAUGAUAAUUAUCUUUGUGCAUGUUUUUGGGAACUGAAUUUAAAGAUUCAUAGUAUAAGGAUGCUAUUUUAAACAUCGUAACGGAAAAUUGUCAAAAAAUAGGUUUCUUAACGUAAUAAAAGUGAUGAAAAUGAAA